UGAACGUGGAAAGAUUAUUGGAUGUUUCCCAUUUUCGUCAUAAUAUGUUUCUAUAGUCUAUACUCUCAGAACAAUGAUUCUGUUUUUAACCUUGAUGGAAGUUAUUUCUGCAUCUAACAGUGGAACACAGCUGGACUACAGCAGCCAAAAUCACUGGGGCGGAGUUUGUACCACAGGAGCUGCACAAUCUCCCAUUAAUGUCCCAGAUCCUUCCUCAAAUGUUUCUGUGGAUUCAACAACACCUUUUCUGAGUUUACCGCAGAACAUCGUUAAGAUGACUAACAUGAACAACGCAAACACGAUGAAAUACUCCGUGAACCCAACCGGAAGUUACGCGAAAGUACCUUGGAUGAAUAACAGAAUGGCAACACUCGUGCAGCUCCAUAUUCAUUGGGGAGAACCAGGAGCUCGAGGAUCUGAACACAUAAUCGGAGGAAAAGCUUUCGCUGCGGAGGCACAUCUUGUAACCAGCUACACUGAUUCUGAUGGGAGUACAAAGUACAUGGUCUUCGCUCGGGUGUUUAAGUUAGGGGACGCGAAUAACCAGGUAGAACAGAUGUUACAAGGUGAAGCUACGGCGGGUGCUGCUAGGGACAUUGCACAGUUUGAUCUGAGCGCUCUCUACCCGUCUAACGCAAUAAAAUGGGUGACAUAUAUGGGUGGACUGACGACGCCUCCCUGCAGCGAGAUAGUUCACUGGGUCAUUGUAAAUAAACCGCUUACUAUCUCCCAAAAUCAGUUGAACAGGCUCAGAACAACGCCACUUGGAAACGGAAACCUUCAUCCUAUGUCGCGCAACUGGAGGAACUCUCAGCCACUCAACGGAAGACAAUCCACAGGAUAUUCCAGAGUUAUGUAGUAAUCAAAACUACUCGGAGAAGCAAGCAGUCAGCCAGUGUUCUGUUCGCAAACAGGAUUCUUAGGAAUCCUGUCAUAAUUUAGCAAUUAGAAC